GGUGUACCAAGAUUGUACAGCUUCAUUAUCCUCGCUAGACGUAGCGUUGCCAUUGGCAACAUCUAUCCUCAGCUAUUGGACACUUUGCGUUAUCGUCCAGCCGAUUUCAACAAAUGUGAGUGCUGCUACAAGCUCUUUCGCUCAUUCUAUCGAUUAGUCUGCCUUGUGUGUUCUAGGCUAGCCAAUCGGCGUUUGUCUGGGUUGCGCAGGUCUGGAGGCCGGUGUGACCAUUUUGUUCACCCUCGGUGGAGACCGGCGUAUUGGGGGAGGCAGCGUUGACAAUGGGGGAUCACCAAGCACAAUACCACCGGGGAGGGUUUCCUCCAGGGCCGCCUAGAGACUAUCGCAGGGAAGGAGAAGGCCGGUAUUAUGGCCAGCAACCUUCUGAAAACUAUGGAAUGUCCGGUGGUUUUCCUCCAUUCAGGCAGGAAAGAAUCAAGCAAGAGCGAGAUCAGGGCUUUGAGCGCUAUGACAGGAGACCUUCAGAGCCACCGCCACCUCUCUUACCAAAUAUGGCUUUGAAAACAGAGUUUAAACAGGAGCAAUCAGAACCAGGUUACAGGGGGCCCAAUGCUGCCGACAACCAGCAACCAUUUCAAAACCGCAAGAGAGGAUUAGAGGAUAGGGGUCGUGGAUAUUAUGAGCACCGAGAUGAAAGAAGAGCUCGGUCACCACAAGGUGCUGGAUUUGAUGAUGAUGAUAUGUUUGAUGAGAAUGUUGUUGUUCUUGAUAAUUACAAUAGUGAUCUUCAUUUCAAGCUUGAUAAAGAUCGAACUGUGGGCUACCCAUUAACCAUUGAAGGCUUUGCUUACUUGUGGUCAGGGGCCAGAGCUACUCAUGGAGUCAACAGAGGUAGAGAUGGCUUUGAGAUGAAGGUCACUGAAGAAAUUUCAGUGGGCCAUUUGCCCUCCAAUGAGCCAGAUCCACAUGUGGUUCGUGUGGGGUGGUCUCUAGAUUCAUGCAGCACCCAAUUAGGGGAGGAACCUUUUUCUUAUGGGUACGGAGGGACAGGAAAGAAAUCUACUAACGGUAGAUUUGAAAAUUACGGGGAGACCUUCGCUGAACAUGAUGUUAUUGGCUGUUACAUUGACUUUGAAUCUCACGGAGAGGUUGAGAUAUCGUUCUCAAAGAACGGACAUCCACUUGGUGUAGCAUUCCGGGUACACAAGGAGACUCUUGGCUGCCAGGCUUUAUUCCCCCACAUCUUGGUCAAAAACUGUGCUGUUGAGUUCAACUUUGGCCAGCGUCCUGAACCGUUUUGCUCUCUAAUGCCAGGGUUCACUUUCAUACAGUAUGUCAAACCUUAUGAAAGGGUGCGGGGCACUGAACCACCUAAAAACAAGGCAGAGUGUGAGAUCUUGAUGAUGGUUGGGUUGCCUGGUGCUGGAAAGACAACUUGGGCUGUAAAGCAUGCCGCUGAAAAUCCAGAAAAGAAAUAUAAUAUCUUGGGAACCAAUGCAAUCAUGGAAAAAAUGAGGGUAAUGGGACUGCGAAGACAACGUAAUUAUGCAGGGCGCUGGGAUAUUCUUAUACAACAAGCAACACAGUGUCUGAACCGUCUAAUCCAGAUUGCUGCCCGUAGGAAACGAAACUACAUCCUGGAUCAGACAAAUGUUUAUGGAACGGCUCAGAAAAGGAAGAUGCGUCCAUUUGAAGGCUUUCGGCGUAAAGCCAUCUUAAUUUGUCCAACAGAUGCAGACUUGCAGGAUCGUAUAGUAAAACGUACAGAUGAGGAGGGAAAGGAUGUCCCAGACUCUGCUGUAUUGGAAAUGAAAGCAAAUUUUUCUUUGCCAGAAACUGAAGACUUCCUGGAUGAAGUUGUUUAUAUUGAGCUCCAGAAAGAAGAAGCAAAGCAACUGGUGCGGCAGUAUAAUGAGGAGGGGAAAAGAGCUGGGCCACCACCAGAAAAACGAUUCAGAGGCCGUGGUGGUGGACCCUCUGGUGGGGGAGCAGGAAGAGGAGAUGGAAUUGGAAGAGAUGGAGGAGGGAGAGGAGAUGGUGGAGCAAGAGGAGACUUUCAGAGGUUUGAUAGUCGUGGUCCCCCUGCAGGUCACAGAGGAGGUCUUCAAGGAAGAGGAGGAGGAACUGGAGGUUUUAACAGAGAUAAACAUAACCAGCAACCCCAGAGCCGCUGGUCUGGGAACGCUUAUGAUAAUGGCUCUGAAAGUCACAGGGGCUAUGGUACUAACAGCCAACAGCAGCAUUAUAAUCCAGGUAGUAGCCAGGGUGGUGGAUAUGGAAACAGUGGGCAAUCAUCAAAUUCCUUGCAUAGUGCACCUAGUAACUACAGCCAUGGGCAGAACUACGGGCAAGGUGGCUACAGCCAAGGCGGUGGCAGUGGCUAUGGUCCCAAUUACAACAACCAGAGCAACAAUGAAGAGUAUAGCCAACUACCAUCUCAUCAAAGCUCUUCUCCUGCCCAGCCAUCCAACAGCCAGAGCAACUACAGCCAGCAGUAUCAACAGCAGCCGUAUGGAGGACAACAAUGGGGACAGUACCAAUAUCAAAGCCAGGCUUCUCCGCAGAAUCCUAGUUCAAAUCAAGGUCCUUCCCAAGGUCAAGGACAAUACAACCAAGGUCCUUCCCAAGGUCAAGGGCAGUGGAGCCAGUGGAAUUAUGGCAGUGGUGGGUAUGAACAACCUGGGAGGUAUGGAUCACAAGGAGGAAGCCACUGAAAAUUGAGAAUCAUCAGUCAUUAAAAGAGAAGUGACAUUUCAUCUGUCUGACACUGGACAAGUAAUAAGGAUUAAAGCUGGUUUGACCCAAUAUGGUAUUAUUAGCAACAGUUGGUAUACUUGACCUGUUUUUUUUCCCCUCCCCGAAAAAAAAACUUCAGCAAUCAACCUGCAUGCAAACAUCUGAAAGUUUAAUUUAUUUUUUUAUUUUUUUUUAAAUGUAACGUGCCCAAAGACACCAUAUGUUUUUGCAUCUAAGUGGGUGAAAUGAAUGCUUUAGUUCUGAAGAGCCUUUUGAAACUAAUCAUACAUUUUAAUAUGAAUUCUGCUUUUUUUCUGUCCUAAGAACAGUUAAUUCAUCAUGGAAAAGUAUUACUAUACAUUGUAACAAUAGUUGUCCCAGAGAAAGAGAUUUAUACCCUUUACUUUCCUUAAAAGGCAACCAGGACACUAUGUUAGUACAUUUGUAUGUAAGGUGCAACCUGUAUUUCUUUUUGUGUUACUGACAGAGGAGGAUAAAAAGCAUCAUGUUUUAUUGUGGGGUCGGCUGUUAGUGCUGCCAUUUAAAAUUCCUUUGUGUAUCUCCAGGUUAAAAAUAGGCAGUGUUUCCCACUUUACUUUAGCAGCUAAUCCGUUCUA